AUGACGUCUCGUGGGGCAUCAUUGGUCAAUGCCAUGCAUGCUGAAGAGGAUGAGGUUGAGACUACUAACCCCACACUUUCGUGGGUUUUGCGGGUCCUCCCUGAUGAAGUCAAGUCAGUUCAUGGUCCCCGACCAGUCCGUAACCAUUUCCUGAAGGGCAUCCUAUCUGGAGAUGCGCAGACUGCUUUUCAAGUAAAUGUCACACCAGACUACAGAUCAUUGUCACCAACUGAAAUAUCUACAAAAUAUGCACUCCCCGACUUCGAUUGCACACUCGCCAAUUUCAUUACUCAUUCAUCAAUGUCUGGCGACGAAAAUACCUGCUGGGACCCCAAAUAUGGGUGCUACCAGGCAUGGAACAAGUUUUGGCUGCAACUUCACUCAGCCUUCCAGCAACAUGUCAUCAUGCCAAGCAGAGUGGUGCAGGCAUAUCCACCAAGCGAUGAUUAUCCCUUGGGAAAUUGUGACACUGUUCUCAUUGACACUAUGGCCAUUGAUGGCCAAAUGACGAGUCACGUCGCACAAGUUCGACUAAUCUUUCAACUGGUGGUUCAACGAGGUUCCAACCUGGAACUGCCAUCGUAUCUGUCCAACCCACUUCUCUACGUCCAAUUUUUCAACUUCAUUUCCAGUCCUGCUGAUCAUCCCGAACUUGCGAUGUGGACUGUGGAGCACACGUACACACAGGAUCAAAAUGGCAACUGCCAUAGGGAGGGAGCUGUUGUACAAGUGACAGAUGUGAUGCAUGCAGUUGAACUGAUCCCAGUUUAUGGCAAGACAGUGGCCAAGGAUGUGUCCUCUGCAACUUCCUUGGAAACAUAUGAGCAUUUCUUUCUGAAUAACUUUGUGGACAAGGAGAGUUAUCAUACGUUCAGUACUGAGUUUGUGUAG